GUGGUGCCGCGCGGGGCGGGCGGACGCGCGCGCGCGCGGCGAUGGCGGCGCCGCCGAGGGGCUCGCUAGUGGCCGCGGUGCUGGCGCAUUCAGGCUGCCUCGACAAGGAGGAUCUGGGCACCCGCAUCGCGCGGCUCUCGCGGCGCGUGGAGGAGCUGAAGGGAGAAGUCUGCAACAUGAUUAACGAGAAGUAUAACGAGUUCCUGCCCAGCAUGCAGAGCGCUGAGGACUUGGUGUUGCAGGUGGACGAGCUGACCAACAACAUCGACCUGCUGAAAGCACUCAUCGAAAAUGAGGUUCAGCGAGAUCUAAACAUUGCUGUUGCUGAAUUUACUGAAUUGAAGCAGCAGUUGGAGCGAGACACGCUGGUCCUGAGUGUCCUGAAAAAGCUACAGGAGUUUGAUAUAGCUGUUAAGGAGUACAACACUGCAUUGCUGGAAAAGAAGUAUGUUACAGCAGCUCAGCAACUGGAAAAGGCACGAAGCAACCUGAAAACGCUGGAAUCCCGCAAGGGCUUUGAGCUGAAGAUCCUGAAAGCCCUCGGCAAAGAGCUGACAGUGCAGACACAGAACAUGCUCUACCACCUAGGAGAAGAAUGGCAGAAACUGGCUGUAUGGAAGUUUCCUCCGUCAAAAGAGAGCAGCAGCCUGGAGUUCGUGGUGCAUUCAGAACUGCAUUUGCGCACAGUGCUGUUGAAGGAGGGGGACAUUGCUGGCCCGCCAGUUGCUGAUGUGCUGCAGGCGUUUGCCAUCCUAGGAGAACUGCACAAUAAGCUGAAAAAUUUUGGCCAGUUAUUGCUGAAAUACAUCCUCAAGCCGCUGAUUUUAUACCCGUCUCUUCAGCCAUUCACAGAGGAGCAGUCAAAUGUGUUCAUCCUACGUUUUAAGUCUGAGAAGCCUAGCUUGGAUCACUCCUGUCCUAUAGAAGUUUUUGACAAGAUCAAGCUUAUUUUUGAAGUUCUCUACAAAUAUCUGCUAAAUGUGCCUCUUGAGCAGCCUGCGGAAGAUAAAAAGGAGCUCACAGAACUGCUAGGUGAUCUGAUCUGGGAAGAUUUAUCAGACUGCCUCAUUCAGAACUGCCUGGUGAAUUCAAUCCCCACCAAUAGCAGUAAACUGGAGCAGUAUAUAGAGGUGAUUAAAUCCACAGAAGUAUUUGAAAAAGCCUUGAAGGACAUGCGGUUUUUGAAAGGAGACACAACUGAGUUACUGAAAUAUGCCCGGAACAUCAAUUCUCAUUUCGCUAACAAGAAGUGCCAGGAUGUGAUUGUGGCAGCCAGAAACCUGAUGACCUCAGAAAUACACAACACUGUGAAGAUCACUCCUGAUUCCGGUGUAGCCCUACCAAAGCUUUCUGAGCCCAGGGCAGGACAUCACUUAGAAACACAAAAACCUUCUAACCUUGUGCGUAACGACGUGGUGAAUUUGGAGAAUGAGACCAAACUGAGCCAGUACACGUUUUCUCUGCCAACAUGCCGCAUCAGUUCCUCAGUGGAGAAGCUGAUGGAGCUGGCUUAUCAGACGUUGUUGGAGGCUACAACAAGCACAGAGCAGUGCUCUAUACAGCUUUUCUAUUCUGUGCGGAAUAUAUUCCAGCUCUUCUGCGAUGUAGUGCCAACGUACCACAAAGAGAACCUUCAGAAAUUACCUCAGCUGGCAGCCAUUCACCACAACAAUUGCAUGUACAUUGCUCACCACCUGCUUACCCUGGGACACCAGUUCCGAUACCACCUGAAUAAUAUCUUGUGUGAUGGAGUGGCUACUUUUGUAGAUAUGGUACCUGGAUUUAGGAGACUUGGGACGGAGUGUUUUCUGGCCCAGAUGCGAGUGCAGAAAGGAGAAAUCCUGGAGAGGCUGUCAAGUGCCAGAAAUUUUUCUAAUAUGGAUGAUGAGGAAAAUUACUGUGCAGCAAAAAAAGCAAUAAGGCAGGUAUUGCAUCAGUUGAAGAGACUGGGAAAAGUCUGGCAGGACGUCCUUCCAGUGUACGUGUACUGCAAGGCGAUGGGGACUUUACUGAACACAGCUCUCUCAGAGAUUGUCACUAGGAUUGCUGCCCUGGAGGAUAUCUCUGCAAAAGAUGCAGACCGGUUGUACUCCCUCUGUAGGACCAUGGUGGAGGAAGGACCCCAGGUCUUCACCCCUCUUCCAGAAGAUGACAAAAAUAAGAAAUACCAAGAGGAAGUUCCGGUCUACGUGCCGAAAUGGAUGAUGUUCAAAGAGCUGAUGAUCAUCUUGCAAGCCAAUCUCCAAGAAAUAGUAGAUCAGUGGGCAGAUGGGAAGGGGCCUCUUGCAGCCGAGUUCUCUGCAGCUGAAGUGAAGAGUCUGAUCCGAGCCUUGUUCCAGAACACAGAAAGGAGAGCAGCAGCGCUGACCAAAAUUAAGUGACUCUGUUUACUCCUACCUUUCUCAUCUUCCUGUAAAGCAAAGAGAGUCCUUCAGAUGUUUUUGGA